UCAUUUUCUCAUGUUUGUACGGCUUGUCUGAUUUCUGUGUUACGUGUUACGUGAAGUAACGCGUAACUUUUUUUAGGCUGGUUUGCGCGAAAAAUAUAUCUGGAAUGGUAUGACUGGAGCACUAGGAGCCGACGAGGGGAUAUGGGUCCAGAUUGAGCAUCGACCGUGGAGGAGAGAGAAAACUGGGGCCUGGUUUUCUUAGGCGCGCAAAAGUAACGGAUAGACAAGCUAAUACAACAUCAUUUCUCCCCUUAUUUAACGUCAUAACAUCGACAUAAUAUAGUUCUUUCGUCGAUACUGAGGUCUACACGCGCCCUAGGUUAAAGAUAACUUGCCUGUCAGUUGAGGGAAUUGUUUAAAGCCAGGCCAGAAAACUAUGGCUUUAGGACCUAAGGAACUUUUUCACUUCCUAAGGGAAAUGACAGCUGACAAAUGGGAGACUUCCCAUCAGAGAGGUAAAAUCGUCACCAUACAGCAGAAACCUGGACCCUCCAAAAAGACAACCUAUAAGGAGAAGAAAGGUAAAAUCAUCACCAAGAAGCAGAGACGUGGACCUCCCAAAAAGACAACCAAUAACGAGAAGAAAAGUAAAGCUUCUUCCCAGAAAGCUCCCACUGAAAAACCAGCAACAAAUAAAAGGAAGAAUGCUUCAGAUCAAUGCCAGAAAAUCCCCCUUAAAAAGCCAAAAAUGGAUAAAGCUGGUAAUAGUGUUGGGAAAGAGAAUGGAAUUAGUGCUUCAUCCAAGGAAGUUCCCACUGGAAAAGUGGGUACAAAUAAAAGAAAGAAUGAUCAAUGCCAGAAAAUGCCCCCAAAACAGCCAAGAGUUGAUGAAGUCAGCACAAGUAUUGGGAAAGAGGAUGAAUUGAGUGGUUCCAGUACAACCAACACAAACAAGCAAAAGCCUGGAGCUGCCAGUAAAACAAAUAAUAAAGGGAAGAAAGCUUCAUCCAAGAAAUUUCCCAUGGAAAAAGCAGAUCAAUGCCAGAAAAUGCCCCCAAAACAGCCAAGAGUUGAUGAAGUCAGCACAAGUAUUGGGAAAGAGGAUGAACUGAGUGGUGUAAGUACAACCAACACAAACAAGCCAAAGCCUGGAGCUGCCAGAAAAACAAAUAAUAAAGAGGAGAAAGUUAAAGCUCCAUCCAAGAAAGUUCCCAUCGAAAAAGCAGAUCAAUGCCAGAAAAUGCCCCCAAAACAGCCAGGAGUUGAUGAAGUCAGUGCAAGUAUUGGAAAAGAGGAUGAAUCGAGUGCUUCAUCCAAGAAAAUUCCCACCAAAAAAGCAGAUCAAUGCCAAAAAAUGCCCCCAAAACAGCCAAGAGUUGAUGAAGUCAGCACAAGUAUUGGGAAAGAGGAUGAAUUGAGUG